AAAAAACAAAAACUGGUUUCUUCGUGCGUAACUAAUAUUUGUUCUUAAUUGAUUAAGAUGUUUUAAUUUUUCAUGGGUUACUUUCGAUACCAACCUUAGAAACCGAUUCAGUUUGAGAGAGUGACUCUGGAUUUCAGUCAUUCUAUGGAAAUAUGUCAAAACUUAUUUUACUUUGUGUUUAAGAAAUGUUGCUUGAUAAAGUUGUGAAUAGUCUUUUAUUUUUAAUAAGCUUGUAUCGUUUACCAGUGAGCGCUAAGCUACCUUUAAUAUUUCCACCCACUUCACCUACCCGAACGCAGUGGUUAGCGGGCAUUGGCAUACCAUUGGAAGAUUUAGACUAUGAAGCUUUGACUACUGGCUAUGUCCUGAAAGCUGAGUAUUUUUUACCUUACGACGUGGAACAACUCAAACAACAAACUCCUCUACCCAUAACAGUGCGCAAACUUAAUAAUCAAAUGACAACAUCGAAACAUUUUUUGACCGCCGUCAAUGAAUUGGCGGUAAACUCAACUGCAACUGUAUCUUCAAAGAGAAAUCAAAACUACCGAAGCAGCUACCGCUGGGCUAUGUACAAAGGCUUAGAAAUUUUAACACAGCGAUUGGGAUUAGGAGGUCGUGACUGCGUAAUGAAAAGUAUUUGCGAAGUAGCUGAGGCACCUUUUCAUUAUUACAACGGUUUAUUUGCGGAGCUAUUUUAUAUAUUGCUAACACCUUCAUCGUCGACCGAUAAAAUUUCUACUUACAAGGAUAAUGAAUAUUUUCAAGCUGAGUAUUUGGGACGUUCUGGUGCUAAUUGCCAUUUAGCGUUUAGUUCGUGUCCAAAAUCCUUGCUGGCUUGCAUUACAAAAGUACAAAAGUUAACCGAAGAUCUUAUUGAAUACCUCGGCUAAGAAAUUUUUUAAAGCAUUAAUUUUUAAGAAAACAAAAUAUGUUAUUUAGUUAAAAACUAAAAAU